UCCCGCGCUCGGGGCCGCUGCCGGUCCUGCGCCUGGUGUCGGUGGCGGAGUGGUGCCCUGCCAGCCUUGUUCCCGGUGGCGGAGCGGUGCAGUCCCGGUGGCGGAGCGAGGCGGUGGCGCUGGCUGUGCUGGCGGGCGAUGGGCGGCGGGCGCUGGGCGCUGCUCUGGGCGCUGCUGGCGGCCCUGCGCCCGCCCCGCGGAGGAGCCGAGGAUGCUGACGGAGAAGGAGGUGUGAGGCUGUACCUGUCAGCACAUUCCCGGCGUUCCCAGCGGAGCCUGCUCGGCCACUGGCCCCACUGGAGCACCAGGGAGGAGCCCCCAGGCAGCUCUGUGAGACAGCUCAGCUUCAAUCCCACGGUGCGACAUGUGGUCAUCAACGAGCACAAGGACGUCACCUUCAACUGCUCCAUCAAAGUGCCUCAGGAGCUGCUCCGGCCCGAUGCCCCAGGAAUUUCCCUCUGGAAAGACGGGCAGGAGCUGCACGUGCUGGAUCGCAUCGCCAGCAGCCACUUUGAGAUCCCCGAUGAGGAGGAGGUGGCCAUGACCUCCACCUUCAGCAUCCUUGGUGCCCAGCGCUCAGAUAACGGUUCCUAUGUCUGCAAACUCAACAUCUCGGGCGUGGAGGUGGUGUCUGAUCCCAUCCUGGUGCAGCUGGAAGGUCUCCCCCACUUCAUCCGUCAGCCUGAGCAGCUGAAUGUCACCAGGAACAGCCCCUUCAACCUGACUUGCCAGGCUGUGGGACCUCCAGAGCCUGUGGAGAUCUACUGGUUCCAGAACAACAUCCAGGUCAACCAGAAACCCCACAUCUCCCCAUCAGUCCUGACUGUGCCAGGACUCAACAAGCCGGCGCUGUUCAGCUGCGAGGCCCACAACAGCAAAGGCCUGACUGCGUCCAGCCCGGGCCUGGUCAACAUCAAAGGAAUUCCAUCAGCUCCCGUCAGUGUGCAGGUUGUCAACAGGACAGCCCAUGGAAUCAGGAUAUCUUGGGUGCCAGGCUUUGAUGCCUUCUCUGCCUUUAACAGCUGCAGUGUCCAGGUCAAGGAAGUUGUUCCAAGAGGCAACGUCUCCCUUCAACCCUUCCACACCUCGGUGCCUCCCCACAUGUAUCACAUCCAGCAGCUGGAGCCCAUGGAAGAGUACAACAUCCGUGUUUCCUGCGGGAAUGAGGUUGGCUGGUCGGCAUUCAGUCCCUGGAUAACGGCCAGCACCACCGAGGGAGCUCCGACCACGCCGCCAUUGAACGUCACAGUGUCCUUCAAUGAAUCCAGCUCCUCACUGGAGAUCCGCUGGGUGAAGCCACCCCUGGAGAGGAUCCAUGGGGAGCUCCAGGGCUACCACCUCUGGUACAGGUGGCACAACUCCGAGGGCAUGGAGAUCAUCUCCGACGAGGCCUGGCUGAACGGCAGUGUGGCCGUGCUGCCUGUGGUGGCCACCAACGCCACCUGCUCCAUCCGUGUGGCCGCUGUCACCAAGGGGGGAGUAGGACCUUUCAGCAUUCCUGUGGAGAUCUUCAUCCCUGCCAGUGGAUUAAUAACCUCAGCCCCCUCUUCGACUCCAGCCUCUGGGAAUGUUGACUCCUUUGUCAUAGCCCUGGGAUUUAUCUGUGGGACAAUUGCUGUUGGAGUCCUCCUCUGCUUGUCCGUGGUCAUCCAGAAACGAUGCGUGGAGACAAAAUAUGGAAAUGCUUUCAGCAGGAAUGACUCGGAGCUGGCAGUGAACUACACAGCCAAGAAGUCCUACUGCCGGAGAGCCGUGGAACUGACCUUGGGAAGCCUGGGUGUCAGCAGGGAGCUCCAGCAGAAGCUGCAGGAUGUUGUCAUGGACAGAAAUGCCCUGAGCCUGGGAAAGGUCCUGGGAGAGGGGGAGUUUGGAUCCGUGAUGGAGGGACGGCUCAGCCAGCCCGAAGGGCCUCCACAGAAGGUGGCUGUGAAGACCAUGAAGUUGGAUAACUUUUCCCAAAGGGAGAUCGAAGAGUUCCUCAGCGAAGCAGCGUGCAUGAAGGACUUUGACCAUCCCAAUGUCAUCAAGCUCCUCGGGGUGUGCAUCGAGCUGAGCUCCCUGCAGGUGCCCAAGCCCAUGGUGAUACUGCCAUUCAUGAAAUACGGAGACUUGCACAGCUUCCUGCUCCGCUCCCGGCUGGAAAUGGCCCCCCAGUUUGUGCCCCUGCAGACCCUGGUGAAGUUCAUGGUGGACAUUGCCCUGGGCAUGGAAUACCUGAGCAGUCGGAACUUCCUUCACAGGGACUUGGCAGCUCGGAAUUGCAUGCUGCGGGAUGACAUGACGGUGUGUGUGGCAGACUUCGGGCUCUCCAAGAAGAUCUACAGCGGGGAUUACUAUCGGCAGGGCCGCAUUGCCAAGAUGCCGGUCAAGUGGAUCGCCCUCGAGUCCCUGGCUGACCGUGUCUAUACCACCAAGAGUGACGUGUGGGCAUUUGGCAUUACCAUGUGGGAGAUUGCCACGCGCGGGAUGACGCCGUACCCAGGGGUGCAGAACCACGAGAUCUAUGAGUACCUCUUCCAUGGGCAGCGCCUGAAGAAACCCGAGGAUUGCCUGGAUGAGCUGUAUGAAAUAAUGUCUGAGUGCUGGAGAGCCGACCCUGCCACUCGCCCCACUUUCUCCCAGCUCAAAGUCCAGCUGGAGAAGCUGCUGGAAAACCUGCCCAGCACCAAGGCAUGCGGGGAUGUAAUCUACAUCAACACCGGCCUUCCCGAGCAGAGCCCAGACUCCACGCAGGAUUCGGGCUUCCCACAAGCGGACUCCGAUUUGGACACCGGGGAGGUGUCGGAGCCUGGCUCUCCCAGUGCAGAGGCAGCACUGGUGGCUGUGGAUGUGCAUCCCAGCGAGCCGUGGGACUCCAGGUACGUUGUGGAGGAGCAGCUCGGUGGCCCUGUGGAGGAGCCCUAUGUGCCACUGCUUCCCUGCCAGGGCUUGGAACCGGGGAGCCGAUGGAGCCAGGCCAGCACUUUGCCAGCAUCGGAGCGGCUAUGUGCUGGGAGCUGUGGAGAGGACUCAGAAAUGCCAUUGGGAACAGUGUGAGUGCCACCAUGGCAAGGACACAGAGGGAAUAUUUUAAUAAAGAGUUGUCUCUUA